GUCCCCCUGCCUGCAGUAGCACACCAGUUCUAGGCGUAUCCUCACUCAAGGUUGUGGAGACACAUGAGUGCAAUGUGACUCAGCUAGGUGUCAGGUGUGGUUUUAAGUCAAAGCUAGCAACAUCAUUCUGUUUAAGUUCAAAGUCAAAUCUCAGAGCUAGCAGGCCAAAUGACGUGUCUUGGACCAAAUUGUAGAAUUGGGCACCGGAGCCUGAUGGGCAUUCUCCUGCUGGGCUGCUUGCUGACCUGUCUACUGUACCGACCUGCUAUCACCUGGCUCCCUGUCCUGGCCAAGCACUUCCAGGCGGAGCACAAACAGGACGUUACCGUGCUGGUCUGGCACUGGCCCUUUGACCAUCCCUUUAAACUGAACUCCUGCAGGUCCUUGUACAACAUCGAAGGCUGUCACCUGACAGCGGACCGAGAGCUGUACAGUCAAGCGGAUGCCGUUCUCAUCCACCACAGAGAAAUCGAAGAGGAUUUAUCCAACCUGCCCCAAGAACCACGGCCCUCCUUCCAGAAAUGGGUGUGGAUGAAUUUCGAAUCGCCGGCACACACGAAUAGAAUACCAGGCUUGGAAGAUCUGUUUAAUGUGACUUUGAACUACAGGCAGGAUGCAGACAUCAACAUGCCUUAUGGAUCUCUCGUCCCUCGGACUACAGAGAGGGAGGAGUUUGUCCCGCAUAAAAAACGACUGGUCUGUUGGAUCGUUAGCAACUGGAACCGAGAACACAAGAGAACUUGGUACUACAUGGAGCUGCGCAAAUUCAUCAGGAUUCACACCUACGGAGACCCUUUCAACAAAAAGGUAUCUCUUAGUGAAUACAGAAUGAUCGUGGCCAGCUGUAAAUUCUACUUGUCUUUUGAGAACUCCGUCCAUAAGGACUACAUUACAGAAAAACUAUAUAACGCUCUCAAGUUGGGCGCAGUUCCUGUGGUCAUGGGCCCGACAAGAGGGAACUAUGAGAAGUUCAUCCCUGGAGAUUCCUUCAUCCAUGUGGAUGACUUCCGCUCGCCCAGAGCCCUGGCCAAACACCUCCUCUUCUUGGACGAGAAUGAGGAGAUGUACCGUAAAUACUUCACGUGGCAGAGGAUCCACACGGUCCGUAUCAACAGCUUCCCCAUUCAGAAUGCCUGCAACAGCUGUGAGUACAUCAGAGGCCACCCUGAGAAUCGGAUGGUUACUGAGCUCUAUAAAUGGUUCUGGGAGGAGUGAUGCUGAGACACUUGGAGCAAAUCUACUACAAAUGAACGAUAUCCACUUCUCCAUAGUCAGGGAUGGGGGGGAAACUGAGCAAAAUGUAUCUUUUACACAACGGCAGAAGUGCCAAAAAUGAUAUUUCAUUAAAGUACAUUCACCGAACUUCCCCCACUUGAAUAAUUCAUGGGGUGUUACAAGUCAUAUUUAUAUAUUUUUUACUUCUGUGCUCUUUGCUACUGCUCUACCACAUGUUAACUGAUGAAAACAGUGUGAUGGUGACAUACCACCACUAUCUGCUUGUUUACUAUUGGGUCGUUCCACUAAAAGAGUGCCUUUCGCAUCCCUUUUUAUAUUGGUGCACAAUGUUCUGCACUAAUAUUACAUUUUAAAAACCUGUUAUAACAAAGUGCCCUUUUUAAUAGAGACCGAAUGGAGAAUUCAAUCAAUCAGAUGUGUAUAAAGGCUUGCUGAAGUGCCAAAACGUAGCAUUUUGACAUGUCCCUCCAUCAACCCUGUGUCACUUCUAGGAAGAUUUGAACCCACUUAAUUCCCACAUUUCUCCAAGUUUCAACAUCAUUGUAAAGCCGUAGUUAUUGUACUUGGACAAAGUCAUCUCUGAAGAUGUAUUUAUUUCAUGUACUUCAUUUACGUCUGUCCCUCGUUUUAAGGUCAACCCUGUUAUGUGAACUGAACUUAAUAUUUACCUUUAUUUAACUAGGCAAGUCAGUUCAAUGACGGCCUAGGAACAGUGGGUUAACUGCCUGUUCAGGUAUGGUGAAAUGUGGUGAAACUAUUCGAGCAGAACACGUUAACCCUGUUACUCAUAGACAGGCUUUCAUUCAAUUGCCACUCCCUUUUGCACCAACCUUCCGUUCCCCUGUCACAAGUGGAUGUAUGGCUUGUUUAAGAAAAAAUUAUCAGCCCUGUUACUUUUUUUGGCGUUUAAUAGGCCCUUACUAUAGUCUUAAAAAAUAAUAAUUGAGAUGGGAGUAGAAAAUAUUUUUGUACAUGUGCUCUUUUAGACAGACUGUUAAAAUUAGGUGAAAUCAGAAGUUAUUUUUGCCCAAGUUACACUUCUCAAAAAGACCCUAUUAACAUUACUGUGAGAGAUUUGGUUUUGAACUGUAAUGCCUGUUGAGAAAGUCUGGUUACUGUUGAAGGUACUAUAGCUCUCCUCCCUCUGGUCACUGGAAUAGACUCUGUGAGAGACUCCACUGUGAUCAGUCUUGCUUUUUCUAAACCAUGUGAUUGGGAACGUGAUAAAGGGUAAUGUACGGUAGGUCUCUCUCAUAUACAGGUAGAACUCCCUGUACUGUCAACAGUUGUUAGGCAAUUGACUUUUACUGUACUAAGGCUGCUAGGUUGUCACAAUGAAUGUGUCAUGUAUUUUCACACAUUAAGGGACCUUGUUCGCUCCACUGUUAGGCAACAGGGAUUGAUUACAGAUUCAGUGCAUUGAUUAGGAAAAGAAAGAUUGAUGUAGUACAGUGGUCUCCAGCACAAUGACUUUACUAAACCCAGUUUACACACCUGUUCCAAUACAAUACAAUGGGUUAGUAUGAGACACCACUCUUUACUGCCACCCAAGGGAGUUGAAAGACGUAAAUUAUUAUGUUGCAGUACACCUGGCGACCACUAGACGGCACUGCAACCCCACUGUACACAUGCAUGUUACAUUGUUGAAAAACCAUUUGCAUCAGUGUGAAUAUUAAUAUUUAUAUAUGUGAGAAAAUUAAUACCAUUUGUCAAAAGAAUGAAUAUCUGAGCUCAAAUGAGAGGUUGGAGAAAUGGUGGAGAUUAGCUU